CGGAAGCGGAAACGCGUUCAGCGCCGCGCUCAGCCGGAAGUCGCCUUGUUGCCCAGACGAGCACCGGAAGCGGCUCCCGAGGUUGCUGGCCUGAGAACCGAAGCGAUUCUCAGAAUGACUGACACACCUGAUGCUGUUCCAAAUUUUGAAGAAAUGUUUGCCAAUCGAUUCACAGAAGAUGAUACAGAGUAUCAAGAAUACCUGAAACGUCCUGUAGAGUCCCCUCCAAUUGUUGAAGAGUGGAAUAGUAGAUCUAGUGGUAAUCAAAGGAACAGAGGCAAUCGGUUGCAAGAUAACAGACACUUUCGGGGAAGGGAUGGCAGACGAGGUUGGCCAAGUGACAAUCGAUCUAAUCAGUGGCAUGGAAGACCCUGGGGUAACAACUAUCAGCAGCAUAGACAAGAACCUUACUACCAUCAUCAGUAUGGACAAUAUGGUUAUAAUCAACGGCCUCCUUUUGGAUACUGUUAAUGUUAGCAGCCAAGAAGUAAAACCAAUUACAUUCUCUUCUAACACGUCAAAAGCUUGCCUGUUUCCUCUGUUUAGUCAUGUUUUUUCUGUAAGAUGUUGUAUAGAUAGUAUUAGGCAACUUGAGGCUGUUAUGUACAACUAAACUAAAAAGAAGUGAUAGUAACUGGGAAUGAUAAAUCCUGUAGAGAAGUUAUGGACUACAUUGUUCAACUUCUACCUCAAAUUCAUCUUUAUUUCAUAGUUUAUUAGUGCAUUGAAUUUUACUUAUUUUCUAUGUAAAGCUGCCUGUAACCAUAAGUUUGUAACAUAAGCAUAAUUAGGAAUAGGAAAAAAGUUUGCUUUCUCUCAAAAGUUAAAGGAAUAUCUAUAAACAUGGAUGUGAUUAUUUCUGGAAUUUUGCAGACUUUAAUGAAGUAAUUCAUCAAGAGACAGUUCUACUUGGCUUGCAAAAAUAUUACAUUUAACAGCAGCUGAAACACAUUUAUCUUUCAUUUGACUUAGAUGAUUUUGAAAUAAUAACUGGACUAUGUGAAUGCCUAUUAUAAAAGUCUAGUUCUAUACUAGUAACAAAAGGAAGACAAGAAUAAAGAUGUAAAAUAAGCAAAGAAAUUUUAUUUUUGGAUUAAGUGGGUGUACAUCUGAUUUUUUGCAUUAUAUUGUAGUAUAACUUUGCUGGUGGGUGGCAGGCAGGAGAGAGAUAUUCUUCCCAUUCAUUUAAAAACAGGAUUGAAAUUCAAUUGCACUGCAUAAUUUUAAAACUUUAGUUUCAGGCCUUUCUUUCCAAUCAUUUUGUAAAACAUCAGGAUAUUUUGGUUCUUAGAGACAUAAUAACUUACUUAUUUUUACAUCAUUCUUUACCAAACAUGAAGCCUACUGUACCUUGUAUAAACACAGUCAUUGUGUUAAUUUUUAAAAAAAAAAUCUUUCCUCUAUUUUUAUAACUCCAUUAUGAGGGCUGUUAUAAUUACGUUUUUGUUCAAGAGAAAUGGUAUUUGUUUAACUUCACUCUUAAAUUCUGGGUUAUUCACUCUUGAUGAAUUGCCCUGUGUUAAUUGCCUGCCUGAAAAGAGGAAGUUCUAGUAUAGUAGAAAAAUUACUCCAUUUUUGAAUUCACAGCACUUAAGUUCCAACACUGGCCGUCAUGGAUUGAACUUGGACAAUUCACUUAACUUUUCUUAACCUCAGAAAUCAUUAUUUGUGAAAUGAAGAGGUUGGAUUAGAUGAUUUCUCUGAGGUCUCUUCUAGUUCUCAAUCCUUUGAUCUAAUAAGAGUAACGUUUUGACUUUUUUACAAGAUUGUCUUCAAUAUUUUGUAGAAAAGGAGCUAUUUUAUUGAAGUGGAAGUAUUAUUAAAGAGUGUCAUCAACUUUAGUAUUAGUCAAAGCAUUGCAGUGAUAAUUAAGCCUUUCUUUUAGGUUAUUAUUAUUAUCUACCUUCUUGGCAUUUCAACCUUCACAGCCUUCUUACAGUUUUCUCUCUCAUAGUAAAGAAGUCCACCUUCCCCAAGUAUUCUUCUUCCUACUCUAGGAACUUAUUUUAUUCCAUCAAAAAACUUCUCUAUUAGCUAUUAUGCUAAAACAAGAAGUAAUUUGUCUUAGGUUGAAAAUGACUAGUAAAGAGUAAUGAGGCAAUUUCAAAAAGUAUUUACAUUAAGGGAGAGAAGAAAAUCUUGGGAAUUAAAAUCUUUGGAAUUUUAGGCACAGAGGCUAGCAAGAGAUUGGGAGGUAGGUGGUAACCGGACCUUCCCUGUGGUCCACAAAUCAUAUCAUGUAAGCAAAUACCUGUUCUACUUACAUAUAUGUAAAGCCAGCCCUGAAUAUGACAUUCAAUAAAAGUAAAUCUUGAUAGUA